AUACUUUUGUUUUACCCUCCCCUCGUCCUUUCUCAUUCUGACUCAGCAGAAGAUGCAACCUAUAUAAACGUGUGCCAAGGAACUGCAGCAGAGGCAUCAACACACAGAAAAUGGGUUCCUACGUUCUGAGUUAUUUUCCAGUUAGAGGGAGGGCUGAGCCCAUUCGGUUGUUACUGGCAGAUCAAGGCAUCUCUUGGAAAGAAGAUGAGGUACAGAUAGCUGAUUGGUUUUCUGGAAAAGAAGAACUUAAAAAGAAGCAGGCGGUCUUUGGACAGCUACCUAAACUUCAGGAUCAAGACUUUGCUCUAUAUCAGAGUAACAGUAUUCUGAGGUACCUUGGACGCAAGCAUGGCCUUAUUGGAAGCAAUGACCAGGAGAAUGCCCUCAUUGACAUGUCAAAUGAUGGUGUGGAGGACUUGAGAUUGAAGUUUUCCCGACUAGUCUUCUAUGAAUUUGAAACUGGUAAGGAGAAGUACCUACAGGAUUUACCCAACCAUUUGACUCCUUUUGAGAGAAUCCUUUCUCGGAAUUCCAAUGGAUCAAAAUUCCUUGUAGGAGAAAAGAUCUCAUAUGCUGACUAUAACCUUUUUGAUGUCUUGCAAUGUCACCUUGACCUAUCCUCAACCUGUCUCUCUGCCUUCCCCCUCCUUUCUGCGUAUGUUGAACGUAUUCUUUCUCGGCCUAAACUUGGUGAAUACCUGCAAUCUGAAGGGCGCAAAAAACGACCUAUCACCCCCAAACACAAGUGAACCUGAAAAUAUCAGAACCUUUCCACAUAUUUGAACAACAUUAACAUCUUAAAUAAACCAAAAUGUUUACAGUAAAA